AUGGCUCCUUAUUUAAGAAAUGAAAAGUCACGUCGUGGUGAGCGAUCAUUUGAAUUAAAUGUAUAUGAUGCUUUCUUAAAGGAGACAGCAGUCAUUCAGACAAAAGGGGAGAAUCAUGGAAAACUUUCUUCUUCAGCUGAAAGCCAUGCUAUGAAUCAUCAAGAAAAGAAAUUUUUUUGUUAUACUACUAUGAGUAAUGACGCGAUUUCUUCUAUUAUACCAAGGGAUGCAUUUUAUCAAAUUGAUAUUGAUAGUUCUGAUUCUUGCUUUUAUCCCAAAGAUUGGAUACCUUCCAUUGCCUCCCUUAAUAAAACACAUCUUGGCAAAAUAACCUGGAAAGCAUCUCCUUUGAAGAUUGAUUGCCAAUCAUACUUUAAUGUCUUACACUCUAUUGAAGCAGGUAUAGCCUCUACAUUAAAAGAACAUCAUGUGCCAUUUACUAAAUCAGUUGCACAAAAGUUAUGCCGUGUAGAUGUCAAUAAAACAAGUGCAUUAUCGACUGUGUUUCAUCAAUUAGGCUGGUUCCAUGAUGAAACACUUUAA